UUCAGGAUGUCAUCAUCUGAACAGAAUACAGCUCACAGGGAUCAGUCUCUCCAGCCUCUUGAUCCAGUCAAGCGUUUAUUUGGCACCGAUAAUGAAGUGUAUCUGGAGAGCGAAUUGUGAAACGUUGAACUUCUGUUUUUAUAUUGAUUUGAUUUGUUUACAUUUGAUUAUGUUAGUGUUAUUACAUAUGUUGACUUUGGACUAAACACAGCGGACUCGCGUUGUUUGGUGUGCUAGUGAUUUGGUGCUCGUGCUUGAACCGUGUAUCUGGAUGAAAUAAGAGUUUGAGGUUCUAAAACUGGACAUCAGUGGCGUGUUUUUCGGUGUGUCCCCGAUCGUGGUCAGUGCUGUACAGCGGUUCAUGGUCACCCGUGCGUAACCAAUCACAUGGCCGCUCUGGAGUGAAGCAAGCCUCGCCACAAAACCACAGGUCGACCCACUCCCGUCCUCCACAUCGCAGCGAUGCCUCCCGGUGUUGUAGCCCCGUCUCCACGGAGCUCUCCUGUCCGGUGCUUCUACGCCUUGACACCGUACUUCAUAGAGGACUCUGUCAUCUCCCAGAGCAAGAUUGAUCAGCUUAUCAGUGAGAGCUUCCUGACAGUGAAAGGUGCCGCCCUCUUCCUGCCCCGGGGAAAUGGCUCCUCCCCUACCUCUGCUUCCCGCUUCGCUCAGCUCCGCAGCAAACAUGCAGGUGACCUCCAGCAGCACCUGCAGACCAUGUUCACUCUCCUCCGACCAGAGGACAAUAUCAAACUGGCUGUCCGGUUGGAGAGUACCGUGUACCAGGGGACUCGUUACAUGGUGGUGGUCUCCACUAACGGCCGUCAGGACACAGAGGAGAGCUUGGUGCUGGGUAUGGACUUCAGUCCUGCAGACAGCUCGUGCUCGGUGGGGCUGGUUCUCCCUCUAUGGAGCGACUCACUGAUACACCUGGAUGGAGACGGGGGUUUCAGUGUGUCCACUGAUAACAGGAUCCAUGUAUUCAAGCCUGUGUCGGUGCAGGCCAUGUGGUCUGCUCUGCAGUCGCUCCACAAGGCGUGUGAGGUGGCUCGUUGCCAUAACUACUUCCCCGGCAGCCUGUUCCUGACCUGGGUCAGCUACUACCAGAGCCGGGUCUCCUCUGACCAAUCACGCAUCAACGAGUGGAACGCCAUGCAGGACGUCCAAUCACAUCGUGCCGACUCUCCCGUGAUGUUCUCUGACGUGCCGACGGAGAGAGAGAGGACAGAGCGGCUCAUCAAGACUCGUCUGAGAGAGAUCAUGAUGCAUAAAGACCUUGAGAAUGUCACCUGCAAAGAGAUCCGCACAGAGCUGGAGGUGCACAUGGUGUGUAACCUGUGUGAGUUUAAGGAGUACAUAGACAAGGAGAUGAUCCUGAUCCUGGGUCAGAUGGACAGUCCCACUGAGAUAUUUGACCAUGUUUACCUGGGCUCUGAGUGGAACGCAUCCAAUCUGGAAGAGCUGCAGAACAGUGGUGUUCAGUAUAUUCUGAACGUGACGAGGGAGAUCGACAACUUCUUCCCAGGUGUGUUUGAGUAUCAUAACAUCCGUGUGUAUGAUGAGGAGGCUACAGACCUGCUGGCCUAUUGGAACGACACCUACAAGUUCAUCUCCAGAGCCAGGAAAGCAGGAGCUAAGUGUUUGGUUCACUGUAAGAUGGGUGUGAGUCGCUCUGCGUCCACGGUGAUAGCCUACGCUAUGAAGGAGUACGGCUGGGACCUGGAGAGAGCAUUCAACUACGUUAAGGAGAGACGUGCUGUCACCAAACCUAACCCCUCCUUCAUGAGACAGCUAGAGGAGUACCAGGGCAUACUGCUGGCCAGUAAGCAGAGACACAACAAGCUGUGGCGUUCACACUCGGACAGUGACCUAUCGGAGCACCACGAGCCGCUAUGUAAGACCGUCCAACACCCCCACACCCUGGGCCGCUCCGACCCUCGUAACCAGGGUAACAGCCCCGCCGCCCCCUCCCUGCAGGAGCUGCUGCAGCCGCUGGGAUCCCCCUCCAUCACGGGCCAGGUGGUGCGGUCCAUCUCUGAGUGUGGGACCCCUUCUAGUGCAGGGAAGGUGGUACAGUCCAGUAGCCUGCCCAAUGCUACUGCUACCCAGGAGAAUAAUCUGGACACUAACCAGGAGACUAGGACUGAUGCUCUGUUGACCUCCACAACUGGGGACCAGUCAUUGGGUACUGGGGACCAGUCAUUGGGUACUGGGGACCAGUCAUUGGGUACUGGGGACCAGCCAUUGGGUACUAGGGACCAGCCAUUGGGUACUGGGGACCAGCCAUUGGGUACUGGGGACCAGCCAUUGGGUACUGGGGACCAGCCAUUGGGUACUGGGGACCAGAAUCCUUCAACAGCAGCAGCUACUACUGCCUCCACUGGUUCCCAGGCCCAUGGGGAGUCUGUGUGUUCCCAGUCACCCCCUCUCUCCAACGGCCUGUGUGAUUAUGAAGAGGAUCACUCAACCCCUCUCCCUCAGCCGCGGGCGGCCACCGUGGUGCCUGACAUUUCCACUGUCACCGUGGCGGAGACCGUGCCGGUCAGGCGCCCUCAUCCGCCCCCUAUCCAACACCACCUUGUCUCCCCCGCCGCCCUUCCAACCUCCUCCGAUGAAGACGAGACUCCGAAAGCCAAGGAGCCGUCCACCACCUUGCCUAAGGAAAAAUACUGCCAGCUGCAGGUGACACCAUCCGUGCCUGAGUCAUCGUCAAUGACCCCGGAAACAAGCACACAAACAGCAGGACCACAAGAGCCGUCCACACCAGUGCCUGACAAGAAAGUAGACUGUGACCAGCGGUUAUCUGGGGUAUCAUUGGACAGUUCAGCAUCCCAACAAUCCUCCAGUAUUGAGGUACUCAUCAUUAGCCAGCCCAGUGGCCCCCCUCAGGACCCUGCUCUCGAGGCGGAGGGGUCCUCGGCUCUCAGCACAGACCACAUCAACUUCUUCAGCGCCAGAGAGAAGUUCCAGGGCCUGACUCAGGAUGGGAGGACCCGUUGCCUUUCUGAUCAGGCACUGCAGCAGACACCUCAGCCCACACCCAGGGAUCCAGGACAGGAGCAGGAGGACCCCUCUGUUGUGGCGACUGGGGAGGGAGAGGAGGAGGAGGUCGAGGAGAGGAAGAGGGAGAGCAUUGUCUCUGUUCACCUCAUAGUCACCGAACUGGAGUCCAUGACGCACACUGUGGCCCCUCCCCCUGGCCCUCCCAGCCAACCAGAGCCUACUGCUUCCCAGGACCACGAAGUGGGUCAGUCAAACCAGGAAGUAGAGGGCAAAGAUGCAGAGUCACAGCAGGAAGUGGACGUUGUCAAAGAGGAAGUGAAGGACGAAGCAGAAGAGAUGGAAGCAGUCUCCCACUCUCCUCCCGCCCCUCACUCUGCUGAUUGGGCGAUGGGCUCUGUGCGCCGCGUCACCCAACAGCUGGAGCAGAGAAUGAGGCAGGACUCCCCUUCCCCACCUCCACCUUCCCUCCCCCCCACCCACCCCCAUCGUCGCUCCCCUCUCUUCUCUCACUCAAGAGAACACUCCCCUCCUGCCUCUCACUCCUUCCCAGAGACAAACUCCAACCCCCAGAAUGCACCACUCGGCCCGCAGGGGUCAGAGGUUAGCACUGUGCAGGAAAAGGGUGGGGGCUGUAGUCCUAUGGAGGAAGAUGGAGGACAGGAGGCUUGGAGAGGAGGUUUACAUGAAGACAGUGUCCAAAUGCACAAACACAACCUUAGUGAUCAGCCUUGCAUCUACCCUCCACCCUACCACCAUGACCCCUCAACACUCUUCCCCCAUCACCCUUCUCCAUUCUACCCUAAACUCCGCCCUCCCCUCUCUUCAGUGGAUUUCCUGUGUCUGGAGGGGGUGACAGAGUUUGAGUCGGGCACAGACUGGGACAGUCUCCCGGGUCGAGGACCCCCCGGUGACGACGACAUGAGGGAGACAUGGGAAACCCUGCGUGAGCUGGGGGCGUUCCUUCGCCAGGUGAGCGGUGGCGGAGCCAAGGUACCCAGGUGUGUGGGCCAGGUGUGGGGGGAAGGUACACAGGCUAGGCAGAAGAGGGUCAGGGGUGGCGACAGGCAGAGAGCCAGGGAGGUGGAGGCACGGAUUCGCCAGGCUGGGCUGACACCGCCCUCCAUGAUGAAGCGCUCUGCCUCAUUGGCUAAGCUGGGCUGCUUAGACCUGUCGGCCAAUGACCUGAGCAAUUGGGAUAUUGGCCCCACCUCUCCGGCGACACCCGCUGUGGAACUUCUCCUUCCUUCCACAGAAGCUGACGAGUCCUCCAGGAAACUGAGGGUGCUGUUCCACAAUGCCCUGUGUCCUUCUGUCUCGACCAGCAGGCAAGAGUCCCUCACCAACAGAGCGGAGAGGCCUUGUGAGAGCGGGGACACACCCUCAGAACACUUGCAUUCUCCUACGUCCAAUCAAGGCUGGCAGAAGGAGAAACAUCCUGACUCUGGCCAUGCCCUCUCGCAUGACCUGAUCUCCGUGGCAACACGACAGCAGUAUGGAAGGACACACCCCCUACGUAGGCUGAAGAAACGGACUGUCAGCACCCUCUACCACACUAUGUGACCCUCACUGUGUGUGUGUGUGUGUGUGAGAGAGCAUGAGAGACACAGAGUGAUGAGAGCUGGUCAAACGCCAGCCACUUCCCUUAGCCCCUACCACCUUCCCUGGCAGAUGAUAGUCAGAUGUGUGGACAAUAUGCCGGCCGCCUCUAGGAUCAUUGGAAGGCUCGAUGGAUUAUAGCUAACACAAAGCUGAUCUCUUCAGGGCAUCGUGUAUGUAGCCACUCCUAGGAUGUGUAAUGUUUCUUGUUGCAUACUGUAUGUAGUGUGUAUUUGAGUCAUUUUAGGAUGUGUCCUUUUGUUUUCUAUUUGUUGGAGUCUGAACUGUUUGUGAGGCAGAAUAUCUCCAUAAGUUUUAAAAUGUUUGUCACUUUUGUGUACAUAAUAGGAAGUGUGUGUGUGUGUGGGGGGGGGGGGCUGAAAAGUGCAGUUUCUCCCUUCCCUUUCUAUCAGAAAUAACAAUGAUAUGGGGACGUUUCUCAAAUAUGCACUUUACUGUUUUUUGAUUUGGUUCCUACCCCUGGAGCUUAAUGUGAGAUGAAUAGUUGUGAGUAUUUUACAGUGCAGAAAUGUCAUUUCAUUUUAAAUCUGUAAAUAUUCUAAUUUUUUUAUGUGCUUCAACUGUGACCAAUAAAUAAUGACAACUUAA